GCUGCUCCUUGCGCCGGGCGCUAGGUGCGGUCAUGCAGAAAGCCGACUCUGAGCAGCCCCCCAAGCGGCCCCGAUGCGAUGGCAGCCCAAUAAAGCCGCGAAACACCCCUUCCGCAGCGGUGGAGACGUCCCCGGGUCCGGAACUGCCCCUUGACUAUCAGAGCUGGAGCCCGGAGCAGGUGUGCUCCUUCUUAAAGCGUAAUGGCUUCGGCGAUCCCGUACUGCUGGACCGCAUCCGAGAAAAUGAAAUCAAUGGUUCAGAACUGUUAGACCUUGAGGAGUCUGAUGUUGUAAAGUUGGGAAUCAGUUCCCUGUCGGAGAGCAAGGAGCUGUUUAAUUGUAUUAAACGUCUGCGUCAACCUUAUGUCGAUACAGUGAAGGUAAUUAAUGAUCCUAUCCAUGGCCAUUUUGAACUUCACCCUCUCCUUAUCCGGAUCAUCGAUACUCCUCAAUUUCAGCGGCUUCGGUAUAUUAAACAGUUGGGAGGCACUUACUAUGUUUUUCCAGGAGCUUCACACAAUCGGUUUGAGCACAGUCUAGGUGUAGGAUAUCUAGCAGGAUGUCUUGUUCGAGCACUGAAAGAAAAACAACCAGAGCUGCAUAUAACUGAUCGAGAUAUACUCUGUGUUCAGAUUGCUGGCCUUUGUCAUGAUCUCGGUCAUGGACCAUUUUCUCAUAUGUUUGAUGGAAGAUUUAUUCCACUUGCUCGCCAAGAUGUGAAAUGGAAGCAUGAAGAGGGCUCAGUUAAUAUGUUUGAGCACCUUAUUAAUUCUAAUGAUCUCAGACCUGUCAUGGAAAAGUAUGGUCUCAUCCCUGAAGAAGAUAUUUGCUUUAUCAAGGAACAAAUUAUAGGACCACCUGAGUCACCACUGAAACCUUCACUGUGGCCAUACAAAGGACGUCCUAAAGAGAAAGGCUUCCUUUAUGAGAUAGUGGCCAAUAAAAGAAAUGGCAUUGAUGUGGACAAAUGGGACUAUCUUGCCAGGGACUGCCAUCAUCUUGGAAUUCAAAAUAAUUUUGAUUAUAGGCGCUGUCUUAAGUUUGUCCGUGUCUGUAAAGUAGAAGAUAUGAUGUGUAUUUGUACUAGAGAUAAGGAGGUUGGGAAUCUGUAUGACAUGUUCCAUACGCGCAACUCUUUACACCGUAGAGCUUAUCAACACAAAGUUAGCAACAUCAUUGAUACAAUGAUUACAGAUGCUCUCCUGAAAGCAGACCCUUACAUAGAGAUUACAGGCGCUGAAGGAAAAAAAUACCACAUUUCCACAGCAAUUGAUGACAUGGAAGCCUUCACUAAGCUAACAGAUAACAUUUUUCUGGAGAUUUUAUACUCUACUGAUCCCCAAUUGGAGGAAGCACGAGAGAUUUUAAAAAAAAUUGAACACCGUCAUCUGUACAAGUACGUGGGUCAGACUCAGCCAGCCAACCAGAGAAUUGAAAGGGAAGAGUAUAAAAAUCUUCCAAAAGAGGUUGCUGAUACCAAACCUAAGGACUUAAAGCCUGGAACUAAACUGAAGGCCGAAGAUAUCAUAGUGGAUGUUAUCAACAUGGAUUAUGGAAUGAAAGACAAGAAUCCUAUUGAUCAUGUUCACUUCUAUUCUAAGACUGACUACCGCGAAGCCAAAAAGAUUACUAAAAAUCAGGUUUCAUGCCUUCUGCCAGAGAGAUUUGCAGAACAGCGAAUUCGAGUGUAUUGUAAGAAGAUGGAUGACAAGAGUGUGCAAGCUACACGACAACAUUUUGUAACUUGGUGCGAAAACAGAAAUUUCCCUGUGCCACAGGACAGUGAAAUUAUAACACCUUUAAAACCAGAUGACUACCCGCAGGUGACUCCUAAAAAAGUAGACAAAACCCGAACCAGGCUGAAUUUUCUAGAUGCCUCCAUGUGAAUGUCUGCAAUCGUUUGUUUACAAAAAUCUCUUGCUCUAGCACAAUUAAUUAAGUGAGGGAAUUUGAUUAUAGAGUUAUACAAAUUUAGUGACAACUAGUGCUUUUUAUUUUAUAUUUUGAAUGUACACAUAUGAUAAAGCUACACAAUUUUUAUUCAAAGAAACAAAAAGGUAUUAGGCAAAUCUUGCUGUAUAUGCUAUGAAAAGCAUUACCUUUUCUAUUUUUAAUAUUAACUAAAGCCUUUCUCUUUUAGUAGUGUAUAUUUUUUUAGAAUAACAGUUCUUUUGUAUACUUUGAACUUUUGUGACAUGAUGGUUUUUAAAAAAUAAAAUGGGGAAUGAUACAAGGGUGCACAUUGGAAUUUGAAGGUGGGAUUGUCAUGAACAGUGAUGGUUAAAAACCAAACACAAAAUCCUAGCCCCCAAGGAGGUGCCACCCUGAGGCCGGCUUGCAUUAAGUGAUCAAAACAUUAGUAAAGACACCUUCCCUCACUCUUCAGCCACAGUAGGGUAAGGGGUAGGAUGUGAGAACCAGGAGAGGGCUCCAACUCUUUAGUGAGAAACCUCAUUAAAUUAUUAAAAAUACCUGAGGGCUCUGGCCUCUGAACUGGGACAUGAAUACCUUUUAAGUGACCUUACCCUCAGUGGCAGAGGCAUCCCCUAAAAGCAGGCUGUUCUCUGAGUCGGUUGUGGCUCCAGGCCCAAGCAGGUUCUUUCUCACCUGAAUACUCACUGCCGGGCCUGGAGAAGGAGGCUCCCCUCCAACCUGCUCCCUGCACAGCUCUUGUGAGCUGAGCAGAGGCCGCCACAGGAACCCUCCUCCGGGCUGCUUAGAGCUGGGACUUUGUGCUGGUUUCAGAGCAAAGACUGAGCUGCCCGUGCUGAGAUGAGUGAUUACCCAGUGAAUUCCAGGUUCCCCCCGUAAAGUGGAUUUCUUUACCUGCAGCGGUGGAGUGGACCCCACUGUAACUGAGCAGUGCUCCUUUGCUGAGCACCUACCCCGCCCCCACACACACAUUUCCAGUUCUACAGAAUUCGCCAAGAGCAAAGUCUGGAGUUAGAGCCAAAGCCAUUGUUGGCCAGAGGGCCCUGAAAAUGCAAGGCAGUGAGGAAUGGGAGUGUGAGCUCCUGCCCUCCUCUGCUUUGCUGGUCCCUGUGGCAGGGGGAGUAGGGAGCCAGCCCUGGCUCUGGGCAAGAGUAAGUGGUGAAGGGAGGCACUCAGACCCCAAGGCCAACAGAGUAUCCUCACUCCAGAGUGCAACCGCCUCCCUCUGUAUAAGCAGACUCUGCUCUGUUGACAUGGAGGUGAAUGUGUUUGGAAUGUCUGCCAUUCUGUAUUGUCUCCACCCCCUCCUCCAUCCAUUAAUAGAUAAUCAAGAGUUGAUACUAAUUAAUAGGAGAAUAGCUAAAACCCUUCUCUCACUCCCAUGGCGAUGCCGUGUGGAUGGGAAUGUAUUCACAUGUGGGCUCAGAGAAGCACAGAGGAGGGAAGUCAGCUGUGGUACUGGGUCACAUCUGUUUUGGCCAAAAUCCCUCUAAAACAUUCAGUGGGGAGAACUCUAGGCCUCAGACUUCAUUAACCCAGAUCCAUGGUUAAGAAUGUAAUGAUGUAAUGUUUUUCUGCUAAGAUUGUUUUAUUUUUGCAACCCCUACCUUUAAAUCAUUGUGGUUUACUUUAUGAUUGUGUAGUACCGAUACUGUAUCACUGUGUUGAAAAACAACUUGAAUCUAUUGCAUAUAAGGCAGCUGCACUUUAUGCUUCUUACAACUGUUUUAAUGAUGAGAACGUUGUGUCAUUUACAAGGUUAGAUUUAUCUUAAGAAACAUCUUCACAGUUUGUAUAAAAAUGGAGACUUUAACAGCUUAGUCUCUAGAGCAACUGUAUGUUAUCGCCUUGAGAUUGUAAACAGAACUGUGAUUUGAAAUGACCGGUUACUUAAU